UCUUGGUUAUAAAAUCAAUUGUAAUGAUGCCGUGUUAAACACAACAUAAUGAGCGCGAUGUUCAGGAUUUUGGUACUGACGAUUUUUAUUGAUGCUAUUGCAUCAAACAGCGUUUAUCCUCCUACAAAGGUCAUUCAGCUCUCCUUAGGUGUCUCCAAAGCUGCCUACCUACCACUGCCCACAAGAAGAUUCAUUAAAAAUGGUGCCAUCAUUGAAAACAUAUCAACAAUGAUGCCAAGACGACCUUUUCCUCUGAUCUAUCUACCUCCAAAAUAUGAUCCUGCUCAGGAUAAAGAAGCUUGCAGUAUUACAGGAUGGAAAGCAGAGGCCUACGAAAACAGAGAGACAGAAGUCCUCAAGUUUACCCACGACGAACAAAAAAUUGUUGUGUUUGGUUUUCGCGGUACAGAACCAUUCAGUGUUACUGACUGGUUGGGAAACUUUAAUCUUCAACCAGGAGCUUUUGAGAUAAACGGCACACCGGUCAGUAUACACAAAGGAUUUGUGAAACGCUAUGGUUAUAUUUCGUCUUGGUUUGAAAAUGAAUACAUGAAGGUACCGGCUGAUUACAGUAUCGUACUAACAGGUCAUAGCCUGGGCGGUGCUGAAGCAACUGUUGCAGCAGCUUUUGUCGCUGAGAGAUUAAACCGUCGUCCAGAUGCCGUUGUCACAUUUGGUUCACCUUAUCCAGGUUUGCUGAGUUUUAAAAAGUAUUAUAAUAAAGCUGUUGGUUGUGAUCGAACAGUUCGAAUGACGGCAAAAUGUGAUCCAUUUACCAAAGUUCCGAUGACUGUUCGUGGAUAUUUACAUGUCUGUGACGGUGUUGAAGUGAAUGGAAGAACCGGUAUUAGUUUCAUCAGAGCUCAUAUUUUGUAUGAAGGAUAUGAGAGAGGUAUUAAGAGGAAAUACACCAACAUCAAGGAAGUCAGUUUUGGUUGUGAUUAAAUUCUAUGUUA